AUGCCUCAUAUCUCUCUCUGUCUCAAGUUCCUCUUAGCCCUUUCUCUUACCCAUCCCGUCUUCAGCGCGCCAUCAACCCCGAUACUACCCCUCCCGGGCCUUCAAAAUCUCUUCAUCCCCUUGGAUGAUGCCCCCGUGCCACCAAUUCAACCAACAAAAGACGAGCUAGGCCUCUUUUAUGGCAAAUGCUACCGGAUCGAAAACAACAAAAAGCAAAAGCUAGGCUACCAACAAGGUGCAUACUACCGCUAUGACGCAGACGAUAACCGGCGCCCAUUCCGCGUGUGCCGCUCCACUCGGGGCUCUUGCAAGCGCGAGCAGGACGACCAAAACGUUUACAAGAACGACCGGUUUUAUCUCUGGGAUGGGCACGGUUCGGCUUGGUCCAAGGGCCCGACUUGGAUUGGUUUCUCUGGACUGUUUUUGUAUCCGAAUAUUUACCGCGAUAUUGAGAAUUACAUUGCGCCAUUCAAGGCGCAUAAGAGUUGUGAUCGCAGCGAUCCUCCUCGCGUGAAAAAUGAUGACAUGGAUGGCCAGAAGGACAAAUGUUCCCUUUGUGUUAAUCUGAAAAACAGUUACAAUAACUACAACGGGCUGGCCACGUACCCAACGGGCUAUGUAUAUCAGACGGCAAACCCGUCGGAUUGUGUUUAUUGGGUGCUUAAAGAAGUUGAUUGUCCGGAUGAUGAUUAUAUGGUGGAGGAUGGGAAUGAACUGUGA